GUGACUGUGUAUGUGUGUAUUUUACCUGCACUUUGUAAAAUCUGCCGUUGCUGGCCUCUCAUGCACUCUGUUCAUGCACACAGAGCAAAUUAGGGUGUGAUGGCGUCUCCGACAGAGGUUCCCUUCUGCCUGAAAGAUGGCAUUAUCCAGUUGCUGAAACCUCAGAGGGUCCAGCUCAUGAGGUUUGUGCAGCUCAACCAGUCCAGGGAUCGAGCAGAAGGCAGAGUCCUUGUAAUGACACAGUGGAGAGCUACUGUCUUCCACAACAAGCAGCCAGUAAAGGUGGAGAGUUCCUUUAGCUAUUUAGAGAUCUACGGCAUCAGCGUCGAGAGUCAUGAUCAGGUUAUUAUUGAAACAGACAGACAAAUAUAUUCACUCAGCCUGAUGUCAGCGGAGGAUAUGGAGGCUGUGGUCAGUCAUGUGGCAGCCUCACUCAAGAAAAUCUUCCCAGACUCGUCCCCGGGGAAACUAUUAAAGAAAGUCCCUCCAGACCUUCAGGAGAAGUUGUGGGGUCUGACCUCUAGAAUUGAAGAGCAGCUGAAUGGAGCACAGCGGCCAUGUGGAGGGUUCUCGGACACAUAUGCCGCACUGUGUGACUUCAACGACUUCCUAUGCCGCGAGGAAGUCCAGUGGGACGUGGACAAUAUUUACCAUGUCCAGAAUUGUCGAGAAUUCAACCUUUUGGACUUCAGUCAUUUAGAGAGCAGAGAUCUGGCCUUGGCUGUAGGUGCUCUGUCCUUCAACCAGUGGUUCACCAAGAUCUACAGCAAAGAUUUUAAACUGACACUAGAUGUUCAGGAGCAGGUGAUCUACCUCAUUAGCAGGUCCACAGCUCUGCAGGAACUGAGCCUGGAGGCCAGUGGACUUAAAGUGGAUUUUGCUGUAAAGAUGGCUAUGGCUCUUCAUGACCAACCUUCCUCUGCACUUAGAUCCAUCAACCUGUCCUGUAACCCAAUAGAGGAUAAAGGUGUAAUAGCGCUCAGUCACAGCUGGGUGCGACUGUCUCCUGGUCUCAGUCAACUCUAUCUGGCCAAGGUCUCUCUCUCUCCUAAAGGACUAGGCAGUAUCGCUCAGGUGCUCCACCAGAACAAAUCUUUCUCAAAAUCACUAACACAUCUGGAUCUGAGUGGGAACCCUGGAUGUCUGGCUACAGAGGAUGCCAUGAGUCUCUUCAGCUUCCUUUCAGCCCCCAAUGUUGUGUCAUAUCUAGACCUCAGCUCUACUGACUGCCCUUUGGAUACUCUCUUUGUGUCACUUUCUGCUGGUUGCUGCACUACUUUAACCCACCUCAAUCUCUCCAGGAACAUUUUCUCACAUAGGAAGGUACGGGAAGUUACACGAAGUGUGAGAGACUUUUUCACAAGGAGCAUGGAGCUGAAGUAUGUUGGAUUGUCUGGUACUAGACUACUUCCAGAAGCCCUGAGGUUAUUACUUCAGGGCUUGGCAUCCAACACUUAUCUGUCUGAGCUCGAAUUGGAUAUUAGCAGCUGUGAGCUGAGGUCCAGUGGAGCACAGGUCAUUCAGGAGCACAUCUUUGAGGCGAAGGCUAUCUGCAGUCUGGAUCUGUCUGACAAUGGCUUUGAGAAUGACAUGGUGACCCUGGUGCUUUCUAUUGGCCGCAGUCACUCAAUACGACACUUAGCCCUCGGCCGCAAUUUUGCCAUGAAAUCUAGAGCUCUGACAGAUGUUCUGCACCGAAUCGUACAGCUCAUCCAGGAGGAGGAGUGUCCACUGGAGUCUCUAUCUGUGUGUGACUCCAAGCUGAAGACAGGCACUACCAUCCUCAUCAACAGCUUGGGCAGCAACUCCAGCCUUUCUAAAAUUGAUAUCAGUGGAAACUGUAUUGGAGACACUGGUGCUAAGAUGCUGGCUAAAGCUUUAAUUAUCAACACCAAGCUCAAGACACUGGUUUGGGACAGAAACAAUGUGACUGCCACAGGUUUUAUGGAUGUGGCAAAUGCUCUGGAGAGGAACACUACACUACAGCACAUAUCCAUACCUAUGAGUGAUAUGACUCAAUCGUACCGUGCCAACUCUGAGAAAACUGAAGAGGCACUGAGGAAGAUCCAGAUGUGUUUACGGAGAAACAGUCAGAAGCUAUGCAGUACUUCAGAUGAAAUGCUAAACCUUCAGCAUGGUCUAAAAACCAGCCGCUCAGAACAGCUGGUGCAGAACUUCUGUCAGAGGCUUCAGGAGACCAUGAGACCUCUGUCCUGCUACAACAUCCAAGAAGUUCAAAGUGACAUCUUGUUGGCAGAGGAAGCUCUCCAGCAUGCCAGGACAGCCAUUGUAUUUCUACCCCGACUCUAUGAGUUGGGAAGGUCGCCCUCUGCUGGUGUAAUGGUGCAGCACAUUCUGGAUGAUACAGCCAAAGCAAUAACCAGUGAGCUGACUGAGGAAAUCCAGGAGCAGGCUCAGGUCAUGUUGCAGUCUGCUCAGUCUGCCUGCCCUCGGCUCGUCCAGAGGACGAGUGUAAACGAGCAGCUGGCCAAUCGCGUGGGCAACAAAACACGGCAGGCUGCCCAUUUUGUUCAGAGUGUAGUACAACAGGCAGAGAGCAGCAUCACGGAAAAGCUCAGUGAACUGAAACUGUCAGUCAGCGUCUCUCUGGUGGAGAGUAUCAUCGAGGAAGUUCUGCAAGACUUGUCAGUGGCGCAGCAAAAACUGGAGAAGCAUUUAAAAGAGUACUCCCAGCCCUCCAACAGCAAGACCAAUGUUCCGCAGCUGAGAGUGGUGGAGCAAGUGUUCCCCACUGAUGAGUAUGUGCCUGUUAUCUGGAGGAACAGUUUCUGCACUCGGAGCAUCAGACCAGCUCCAUCUGUCAAAAGUCUGCUGGAGACGGAAGGCGAGCAGCAGGCACGAGCAAGUGCGGAGUCCCAGCAGGAGAUGGAGGGAGACAGAGAGUCAGGAGGAGGAGGAUUAGGGGGAGGGGUGUUGUCAUUGGCGACGGGCCUGUCCGUCACCACAGGCCACACCCAGCUGGGGAGGGAGGUGGAGUUUGGUGGUUGUGGCGCUGGUCCUGUGGCCGCUCGAAGCAGCAGAGAGCCGCGGCGUCCCGAGCCCUCGCCUCCUCAGCCCCCUAUGGACCUGCCCAGCGAAGGCCACACGCUGAGGCACUACACCCGCUCCAGGCCCCGACCCAACCGCCACCAUAGGCAGCCACCCAGCAAGCCUCAGGAGCAGGCAGCUGAGAAUGAAAAUGAAGCAAAUGAGAAUAUGGGGAGGGUGGAUGAGGGCGUAGAGGAGUUCUUCACCAAGAAGAUCAUUCCUGAUGACCCGUUAAAGCACCAGAGGGAGGAACCCCUCAACAAAGCACAGCCUACAGAGUCUACCUGUGGCACAACUUCCCCUCUGACCACCACAUCGACAACCUCCACGCCCUCCACAGCCCCUACAAAAAACAUAAAGAAAAAGUUUGGUGACUUUUUCGCCUUCAAGAAGGUCCGAGCAGGUCGAGGAGCCAAAGGUGAGGGUGCCCCGGAAGGGAAGGUCAAAAAGAACUCAAUAGCAGACCUCAUCCGACCACUCCGGGAGGCUGCUCGUGCUGAAAAAGAGCGCGAGAAGGAAAAGGAGAGAGAAAAGGAAAAAGAGCGAGAGAAAGAAAAGGAAAAGGAGAAAGUGGAAGAAGAUAACAUUCCCAAGGCAGCCAGCACUACUCCCAUCAUCACAGAUUCAUCCCCUACAAUACCAAGUGUAGAUGACAAAAUGGCACCCUCCACCCUCUUCAUGACACUUCCUGCCCCGUCAAUUGCCCCUGCUUCCUCCCCCACCCCCCCUGCUUCUUUGCCUGCCAAAACUGAGGAAGUCCCAACAUUGCCCCCUGCUGCACCCCCAACCCCAAGUAAAACUCCCAGUCCAGUAACAACCAUGUUGCCCUUGGAGGGUGAGAAGAGUCGGACCCUAGAGAAGAGCCGAACCCCUGAUGGGGAGAGGAGACCUAGAGCCACGCGCCGCUCACUUAGAGAGGGCAAGUCUCAGUCUCUUAUCCUGCUUACAGGUCUGGAGCCAGGGCAGGACUCUGGAGCUACCCAAGCUAAGAAACACUCAUCUGAAAGCUCCUCCACUUUUGAACAGCGGCUCCAUGUUAUGCUGCACCGCAUGGGGGUUGCCAAGACACCUCCUUUUGACUCCAAAAAAAGUCAGAGCAAAGAUGAGGAGCUGAGAAAAGCCAACUCAGAAGAUGUGCUAAACAAUUUAGAACAUGGACCCGGUGGUUAUAGGACACACAGCUGUUUAUUGAGCAAAACUAUUGGAACAGGGGCAAUACUGGACAGCCACCCUGAACCCCCACCUAUGAAGCCACGCACCAUGUCCACCUCUUCAGACACCAGACGGCCGGUGCGCGCAACCAACAUAGAACGCCCUCCACUCCCUGAACGACCUUUAGGCCCUUUACCCCCCAAACCAUCCCUCAAACCCACCUUUAUCCCCCCGGGUGAGACUCCUAUGACCUCCAGGACCAUCUCUCCGAUCCCCAGGCAGUCGAGUCCAUCUCCAGAUAUUCCAACAACAGUGGUGGAGAGUAGAACUUCCUCCCAGUCCCAGGCAAAGGAGCCUCCAACCCCUUCUCCUCGAAAAGAGACACCUCCAGCCCCUUCACCACGUAGGGUGCGUAGCACAGACCCCCAGGAGAGAGCGGAAAGAGCACAGUCUGUUACUGAAGAAACUCUCCCGAAACCACGGCCUCGCAUGAAGCCCUCACCUCAGCGCCGAGCCGUCUCUGUCCACGAGGAUGCCCUGCUCCAGCACGCUGCGCUGCUCGACCCUGAAGAGCUGAAAGCUGCAUUGCCCCGACUACAGAGGUCACCAAUACGUAAGCGGGUAAACCUGGGGGAACUGGAGCCCUGCUCAGAGGAUUUGCCCGAGCGUGAGGAGGGUAAAACAGCGGCGAGAGAACGUGACAGUGAACAGGCUGAAGAGACAGACAGCACUACUGCCAGUGAUGGCCAGCCUGAAAAGAGUCCCGGUGGGAUUGAGGGGAAAGAGACCAUCCUAGAGAGGGAGGAGUCGGCCUCUGAACAGCACACAGCACAGGGAGAGUCAUCAGACCAAAGAACUGAAACCCCCUCACCUGACACAUAUGUGGACUGAGCCCUGUGCAAAUUUUAUUUUAUAUCAUGUCUGCCUUUGCCUUGCACGUCAUAUUAUGUACAAAAGAAUGAAUUAUGAACAAAUGUUAAAAAAAAAGGAAAAAAAAAAAGAGUAAUUCAAUACAUAUACUUGUUAAUAAUUAUUAAAAAGUGAAUACUGUUGUGUCA